ACAGUUGAACGUUCGUGCCGCUCUGCAAGUUCAUACAUGUGCUAGUGAAAAUGGACGCGGUUAUGUGCUUGUGAAUACAGAAUACAAAUCUUGUGCCCAUUUCACGUGUUAUGACAACGGAGUAAUCAGUUUGUGACCAGUUACGAUGGAGUUACUGGCCCUGCGUGGAAUUGCCGGAGCGUUGCCUAUGGACAGCCGUGUUGAAGACCUUGCCAAAGCAACAGGUUGCAGUGGACUCCUCCAGCGACGCGACUUCAAAGUCUCCCGCCGCUUCUCCCGCCAGAGACCGCAAGAUGGUUCUAAGCGGCCCCCGCUCGCGCGCAGGCGCUCUCUUGAUCAUCACUUUGUCGCUUAUCGCGGUGGUGCUCUGUGCGCCCGAGGAAUCGCCCAAACGCGCCCCGAGCGGCUUCCUGGGCGUACGCGGCAAGAAGGAUUCAGCGUUCAGCAAUGAGGAGGCGUACGGUGGCAAGCGAGCCCCCGCAAUGGGGUUCCAAGGUGUCAGGGGCAAGAAGGACAAUGAGGACCUUGGGUACGACAAACGGGGGCCGUCCAUGGGGUUCCAUGGCAUGAGAGGCAAGAAGGAUCCCGACUCUCAGCAACAGUUGUUGCAGGACUUCCUGGACAAGAGGGCUCCUAUGGGUUUUAUGGGAAUGCGUGGGAAGAAGGACCCUACAGACUUCGACUAUUUCGACAAAAGGGCUCCACCGCUGGGGUUCCAAGGCAUGAGGGGCAAGAAGGCGCAAUGGGAAGAAGAUCCAGACGUUUUGAUGGGGCCUCCGAGCGUCGGGUUCCAUGGCAUCGGGGGGAAGAAGGAGAGGGAGGGGCUGGGCCUCAUGCAGUUGCUAGGGAAGGACGUGGAUCUGGUAGGAGACGACUAUCCACAAGUGCUUUCCGACGAGGAUAUCUGGGGGGACGAGGAAGAGGUGUUGGGCAAUUCUGAAGAUCUCAACAAAAGGGUCCCCGCUUCAGGGUUUUUCGGCAUGAGGGGGAAGAAAGUGCCGAACGCAGGAUUUUUCGGCAUGAGAGGCAAGAAAGGUCCGUCAGUGGGAUUCUUCGCCAUGCGGGGCAAGAAAGUACCCUCAACAGGUUUCAUGGGAAUGAGGGGCAAAAAGGAGUCCGAGGGAUCUGUGGAGCGGACUGAGGACCUGGACACGUUGUUGCAAUACUUGGGGGCCGCGUACCAGCAGGGGCGCGACAAGAGGAAUGGAGAGAGAACGCCUGGAUCCAAGAAGGCGCCAAGCGGGUUCCUUGGAACACGUGGAAAGAAGGCCUGGCCUACACAGCAAGUUGUUGUGUCAUCGCAAGAAACUGAACCUGAGGCGCAUACAUCCCAACUCUCAGACAGCGAGUGAACUGCCACGCCCCCCCCCACACUCUUCCGCUGGCCGCAGACUGACGUCAUGUGCACAGUCAUGUUGGUGCUGCAGUUGUCUGUUAUCACACUAAACCACCGCCACGUUAACUUAAAAUUGUCUACGAAAAUCUCAAAUGUAAAACUUUGUUCCUUCUUUAGAUGUGUUAAGGACUGAAAUGUGAUAAGUGAUAUCAGCAGAUGUCACAUCGAUUGAACCCAUAGCUCACGCUACAAUUCUACAUCUGUUAUUGUUUAUAAUACAUAUAAUUUGUCACCCAAUUGCUAUAUAUUUUGAACAGGAACCCGAUUAUGGACAGAUAUAAGGCGGCAGGUUUUAUUCCCGAACAUCUCCCAUGGAAAUCAUACCAAAUGGCAGAGACUUUACUCUGGAGUUUAGGUAACUCCUUUCUUUUGUUUUCCGUUUAACUUCCCAAUGAAUUACUUUAGUAAUUUUAAAUAAAAAUAUAAAUUUAAAGAGUACACGUUUCUGGGAAAUGAUGCAGUUUAAUUUCCAAGUUUAUUUUCAGUCCAGACGAAUCCAGACCUCAAUCUUCAGGAUCAGAGAGUAAGCCAAGCAAGCAGUGAGCAACUGUACUUUGUUGGCUUAUUUUUUGACCCUGAAGAUGGAUGCAGUAUGCUCAUCUGAAACGCUAGGAAACUUGUACUGUACUACACACUGUCUCACUCCGAAAUAUAAACUAUUCAUGUUGAUCGCUAUGAGAACCCCAGAUCUCUCAAAAUGCAUUUGUCUAUGCUCUGUGAAAAUUACAAGCAGCAUUACUAAUUGAAUGGAAAAAUGAAAUUAAUUUUCUUCAGUGCUUCAUAUAAUCAUGUGUUGUUCUGAAAUGUAACAAAGUCAGUUUUUAAUAAUUUUCAUACCAAAUUUUCUGAAAUUAGCUUUACUGUUGAAUUUUAAGUGACAGAAAUGUACCUCAGAAUGAAGAUAUUUAUUGUUACAUUAAAGUAAAUUAAGGUAAAUUUCUUACAUUCGAGACUGACAAGAACUUUCAAGUGUUUUGAUGUUACAAAGUACUGAAGCCUGGGGCAUGCGGAAAUAUUUUAGUAAAUCCUCUGGAAAUUUAAGAAUUGAAUUAUGUAACUGUUGCUAAAUGAAAGUAAUAGUACGUUGAUUAAUGUUAUUGUGUGAAACAAUUUAAGCCACCUUUGUGAGGACUUUGACCCUGACAGAAUUUUUAGACUUUUCUUAGGGCCAAUAGGUUUAUAUUUAUUUUGUAAUCAUUACUGCAAGUGAGGCAUAUACAUAAGACUUACAGCAAUAUACACGUAGUAUUCAUUCCCUUCAAGCCUCAGGAAUUACCUUUAUUAUUUAUUUA